UCUGAUUAUCCACCCAGGGCCAUCAGAAAACCUGAAGCCAUGCAAAAACAGCUAGUGGGCAUUAAAGGCAGUUCUCUUAGAUUAGUCAGAGAACUGUUAAAGAGAGUAGCAUAUUUAAAGGACAGAUCGAUUAGUGAUGAAUAUAGAAGUAAUAUUUCUUGCUUGAUUGAAACUGUCAAAAAGGACAGCAAAGAUAUCUAUAUGUCUAGUAGCAGGAUUAGAAGAAUAAUGGCCCAGAAAAGAACAGAAGCCAAGUGGCCAAGAAACUCAUUACUGGUUUUAGUAGUUAAAAAUGAGUUAUGCAAUUUGAAAGAUUCAGAUAUUGUGAAAAAGGAUAGAAAGUUGUGGAUUAGAGUUAUUAAGUCUAAAACAGAUCAGUUAAGAUGGGACAAGUUUAUUCCAAUAAAGAGAUUAGCAGGCGAGAUGUAUCCG